AACCCACCCAAUGUAGUAAGAAAAGUCUUAAUAAUUUAGCGACCAUCGAGACCAAAAGAGCUACCCGCGAGCUGAUUUCUGCCAAAGCUUAUGGAAGAGAAUGGAAGGUUUCAAGUCUCCAUCUGCUAUUGCAUCCUCCAGAAGAGUAUACGAAGAAAAUCCUCACGGACCGAACUUAAAUUUAUAUUUGGCAAUGCAUCGAUUAAUUUCCUUUCCAAUUGAAUUUCUGGUGGAAUUCUUAUCACCUCUCCACUUUAUGGCUGAGCUCGGUUUUUACUACUCAAAAGAGAACAAGCAGGAAUAUAUACGUUGCAAGUUUUGUGCUAUCGUGAUAAGUCGCGAAGAAUUAAUGGAAUAUUUGGCUCGCGGUAUUGAAAUUGCUAAAGAUGUGAUUUUACAACGUAAAAAUCGAUCAAAUUGUAUAAUCAACGCCAUCGACUCAAAAAAUAUACCAAUGGGAAAAUAUAUUGAAAACACGCUGAACUUCAGAUUCGAGGCUCAUCGUCUCUAUUCUCUGCUGAAAAAGACUAACUGGCAGUACGUUGGUCCAUUCAGUUUGGCAAAAAGUGGAUUUUACUACACUGGAGACCAAGACAACGUCAGAUGUGUAUUCUGCAAUUUGGAAGUCCGUGGCUGGGAAGAAGGAGACACGGCUGAUAGAGAACACCGGCGUUGGAACCCGAAUUGCCCAUUUUUGUGCAACAGGCAAAGCGUUCAAAACAUCGAGAUCGGAAGCGAGCAGACUGAAGUGCAGCACGAUGCUAUUGGAAAUACACCCAUAGGGACUAACCCUUUCACCCCGCCGGAGGGGCUAAGAAAAUAUGGCCAAUAUGUUCAGGUUUUGGUAAGCACGACCUGUUUCCUUUUAACGGCUCUAGACUUGAACAUCCAAGAUUGGUGCAAGCCAUCGAACACUCGGUUUGUUACACUCAAGAGCCGGCUGGAUUCUUUCAGUGGUUUUUGGCCGAAAAACCUGCGCCAAAAUCCGCAUGACUUGGCCUGCGCUGGCUUCUUUUACACCGGAAGAGGAGACCGUGUAAUCUGCUUCCACUGUAAUUUGGGCUUGAAAGAUUGGGAUCCAAAUGACGAUCCUUUUAUCCAACAUUGCAAGUGGAAUUCAAAUUGUCAAUACCUAUUGAUGCGCAAAGGUCACACCUUUAUCAAGAAUGUGUUGCACGGCAGCAGCCCAAAUAUUGACAUUUCAGACCCACCUAUAUCCCGGGGCAGAGGUGACAGCGAUUUGCGUUGCCUUAAGUGCAGAUUGUGUAACGUGUCCAAGGUUAAUUUGCCUUGUGGUCACGUAACUUUCUGCAACACCUGCUCUAAUUCUUCUUGCAUUAUUUGUGAUGGAGAAAUAAUUGCAGAAAUAAAAUUACCAGGAUUUACCGACGAAGCCGAAUAAAUUUUCUUAUUGAAUUUUGGACGAAAAGGAAUAUUGUACACAUUAAACAGGAUAGGGUUGAAAAGGAAAUUGAAUGAAACUGUUAACGCUCAUGGGGAUUAGAAGAAACUAGAUAUCUCAGUCAGUCGCGCUGCGCCGCACCAGCAGGUAAAUUUUAGAUCAUUUGGUCAGCCGUGCGUCGGCUGUUCGUCAAAAAAUCAAAAAAAUUAAAAGUGCCGGAAAAAAUUGACUUUUCGUUAAAAACAAGUGAUGAAUUUUGUGAGACAGAAAGAACGUUAAAUGGUAAUUGGAGGGGACUUAAUUUUGUGGAUAGGCAUAUUUACUCGAUUUGCAUGUCAUGGAUAUCACUAUGUAUUUGUUCUGUGUUAAUCAGAUGUAUCAUUAUGACCCCCAAGAUACAUAUUUGUAAAUGUAGAUACAAAAUCUAACUGUAUAAAAAGUGUCCAGGGUGUAGUGGGUUGGACACACCGGUUCUCGUUAGAUCACCGAAGUUAAGCACCAUUCGUUGCAACCAGAAACUGAAUGGGUGACCAUGGCUGCAUAACUCUAGGCAAACUUGCUACUUGCUGGUUUGCACCUUUCCAGCAUGCGUGAUUUGGCUUCACGUGACGAAUGUCUAGCGUUUCAAAAAAAUCCUAGUUGCGGAGGCAAGUGGCCCUUGAGUGGGCUGGGUCCCUGAAAUGUGCGGCCUGGUGCGCCCAUGUUAUCCGUUCGCGGUCUUAUUGGCACCAGGGUUUAAGCAUUCGUGCUAGUGCAGUACGCGCCCUUCCCGCUCCGAGAGGACAGGGAUAAAAAGAGCAAAAAAAAAUAGUUCAAGAGAAGCAGCAAAUAGUAGUAAAAACUGAUAUAACCUUAGAGUGUUGUUACUGUAAUUGUGUUAAUAAAUUCGUUCAUUCGGAUGGUUCAACUUCACAUUUAAAUUUUGUCAGCCGCCUGGGUCAAAAAUUGGCUCAAGCUGGUUGAGUUAAGACAACAACUACUGCUGGCUAAAAUUUCGCUCUUGAGACCUCGGAAUGAGUUUUAUAAUGUUUUUUUUUGCGAAUUCAUGUAAUUUUUAAUCGUUUGCCCAAUUUUAGAGUUUGUUUAUUUUUAAUCUAGUGUAUCUCUUGUGAAUAACUUAUGAAUCUCAAAACACAUCAAAAAUUUGCCAAAAUUGAUUUUUAGAAAGGUACAAAAUAUUAAUCUAUUAGCCUGAACUGCCCCAACACACGCCUGCAGACCCAAGGAGCGGCCACCGGCCGCUACCCAAGAACCACGCUUGCACAUGGCCGCCCGCCUUUUUCAGCCCGUGUACUGCAGUUUGGUGACUGGCGACCCAGGAUGCGAAAAUUAUCCCUAGCAUCACUGAGACACGAGUUUGAACCUGAAGAAGACUACGAAGAAAAGGAGGCCGAGAGACGAACCAGGCGCGUUGCAUGGGGCACUUCAGGCCGAGUAGUGAGUGUCAUGUCACAACAUUAUCUACUCAAUUCUAUUUGAAGGUAUUUGGAUUUGGAAUUGCUAUCAACAACGUAUUAAAUGUGUAUUAGUAAUAGAAAUCAGUGUUGUAUGUCAUACAAAAUAUUAUAAUAAAUAAUUUUUAGAAGUCACAUAUUAAUGUGACAUCUAAAAAUUAGACUUAAAAAAUGUGUCGUGAUUUAACACAGAGUCAAAAUACAAUUUUGAAACUUAUUUGCUCUCUAAUGUUCCAUUUAAAAUUAAAAUCGGAUGUCGCCCUUCAGUGGGCUGAGUCCCUGUGCGGCCUGGUGCGCCCAUGUUAUCCGUACGCGGUGUUAUUGGGUCCCGGAUUUCAGCAUUCGUGCUCGUGCAGAGCGCGCCCUUCCCGGUCCUUGGACACGGAUAAAAGAGUAUAUCGGUAUAGCGACCAAAGUUAAAGAUUUUUUCACUUUUUUCCACUAACAAUAACUUUUUACAGUUUUUUUACUCCCAUAAAAAUGUCCAAGGUAAAAUAGCAUGUGUGUUUUAAAUCACAUGUGUGUCUCAUUCAAAACUAGUCAUGAUAUAAUCGCAUAUAAGGGUGUAACCGGAUCUUUAACACAUCCUACCGUUAUUUCUCUCUCUUCUGCAAUAAUGCUGACGCAUAUAGCUGUGCGUGGGCGUAUUGCAAAAAUACACGCAACAUGAUUCAUAGCAGAAAAUCCGGUGACGAUCUAAAUAUAGUCAUUUAAUUGAUUAUUUCCUAAAGAGCGUUGCUAAAUGAUGACCAAACGACAUAGCCGGAACUCUACAAGCUAUAUAU